AUACUCAAUUUACAGGGAUAAUACCGUACACCGUUCACUUGAGAAUAUUAACCUCAGUAUCCGCGACGCUGGCAAUCGCUUCACGCGUUCCAAAUUCAAAUACGAAAAAAAAAAGUAAUUGUCAAUUUUGGCGCUAUUGUUACCCGCGGAACUGCAAUACAAGAUGAGAUCACUGCUCGCGAUCUGCGCAGUCGCAUUCCUGUGUGGUGCGCUGGCGAAGAAUAGGAAAGAGGAUAAUAAGGUGAAAAUAGCAGUGUACUACGAGUCCCUCUGCCCCGACAGCAAGUCAUUCAUCACCAACCAGCUGGCUCCCGUGUGGAGAGAGUUGAGAGGAGCUGUCAAAGUCAAGCUCGUGCCUUAUGGGAAGAGUACGCAUGAUAAAGUGAACGGCAAAUGGCAGUUCAUCUGUCACCACGGGAAUGACGAAUGUUACGGGAACAAGGUCCAAGCUUGCAUCUUGAAAGACCGGAGCCUCGCGGACACAGACAAGAUGGAGCUUGUCAUCUGCCUCAUGGGACAGGCCAACCCUGACAAGUCUUUGGACACGUGUCUAGAACAAAUGAAAAAGUCAGCGGAAACGAGCAAACUCAAGAAGUGCGCGAGCGGCGAACAAGGUGACAACCUGCUAGCUUCAUAUGGAGAUAAAUCCGAUACAGUACAACGCCCUCUGUCGUUCGUACCUACUGUGGUUAUUAACGAGAAAUUCGAUCAAGCUGUCCAAGACGAAGCUAUCAAAGACUUGAAGGCUGUAGUGUGCCGCGUCGCUACAAACAAGCCAGCUUCCUGUUCAUAAAAUAAUUAAUAAUUAAUAUAAAAUAA